AUGAGUUACUUCCUGUCUUACUGCAAAGCUCAUGGCGGCGCGCUGCUCACCGGCUACCAGGCCCUGCGCGCCGAGGGCUUCCUGUGCGACGUGACGCUGGAAGCCGAGGGCAGCGAGUUCCUGGCGCACAGGUCGCUCCUGGCGUGCUCCAGUGACUACUUCAGGGCCCUGUUCAAGAGCCACACCCGGGAAUCGCGGGCGAGCGUGAUCCACCUGCACGUGCCGUCGGCGGCCGGCCUGCAACGCUUGCUGGAUUUCAUCUACACCGCCUGGCUACCGCUCUCCAUGGACACCGUGGAGGACACGCUGGAGGCGGCCAGCUACCUGCAGGUCACCGAAGCCCUGGGGUUGUGCGGCCGCUACCUGGAACGUCAGCUGGCCCCGGACAACUGCUGCUUUGCUGCAAAUGUGGCGGCGCGCUUCGGCUUGGCGCACACGUUGGGCGCGGCCGAGAGCUGCAUCGUGCACCACCUGAGGGAGCUGUUGGCGCGAGGCGCGGGCCCCGCGGGGCUGCUGGAACUCAACCCCGCGUCCCUGAGGGCCGUGCUGGGUGCCCCCGACGUGGCGAGGGUACCCGAGGCCCACCUGCUGGGCCUAGCACUGGCCUGGCUGCGGCGGGAGCCUGCGGCCGAGCGCCUGGCGCACUGCUGCGCGUUGCUCGAGCGCGUCCGCUUCGGUCUGGUGCCGGCCGAAAUGCUGCGGCGCAUGUACUCGGGCUCCGGCCUCGCGCUGCCCCCUCGGGUCAAGGGCCUUAUCAUCCAGGCCCUCAACUACCACACGGCGCCCUCCCGCCAGCCGCUCGUACAGGACGAGCAGACCAGCGUCCGGAGCCCCCAAACCCGCAUCUUGUUGGUCGGGGGGCGCAGGGCUCAGGAGGCGGUGACAGAGGAGGUGGCGGCCCCGCGGGGGCCAGCUAGGGUCGGUGGUGUGGUGGCGGAGCCUGAGGAGGAGCAGCAGGAGGAGGAGGAGGAGGAAGAGGAGGAGGAGGAAGAGUUGGAGCUGACCCAGGACGUGGUGGCCUUCGACGUGUACAACCACCGCUGGCGCAGCCUCACGCGGCUGCCCGCCCCGCUCCUAGGGCACAGCGUGUGCGCCGUUGGCAACUUCCUGUUCGUGCUGGGUGGGGAGAGCCCUGCAGACACCGCUUCCGCUCCCCAGGCCGGCGCCGCGCAGGUGAUCACUGCCCAAGUGCACCGUUAUGACCCGCGCUUCCACGCCUGGACGCCGGUGCCCGCCAUGCGCGAGGCUCGGGCCCACUUCUGGUGCGGCGUGGUAGGCGAGGGCCUGCUGGCCGUCGGGGGCCUGGGCGCGGACGGCGAGGCGCUGGCCUCGGUGGAGAUGUACGACCUACGUCGGGACCGCUGGACUGCAGCCGCGCCGCUGCCGCGGGCGCUGCACGGCCAUGCGGGGGCCGUCGGGGACCGGAGCGUCGUGUACAUCUCCGGGGGCAAGGCGGGGAGAGGCGAGGGCGGCGCGAGUAGCCUCCGGGAUGUGUUCGCCCUGUGCCCCGGGGAGCGGAUGUGGAGCAAGAAGGCGCCCAUGGGCACGGCCCGCUUCGGGCACCACAUGGCGGCGCUGCGCGGCGCGGUAUUCGCUUUUCUGGGGCGCUACGAGCCCUUCUCCGAGAUCGAGCGCUACGACCCUGGCGCGGACCAGUGGACCCGGCUGCGGCCGCUGCCCUAUGACCGCUUCUGCUAUGGGCUGGCCGUGGUGGAGGAGACGGCGUUGCUGUUGGGUGGGCUCAAGUGGCGGGACUCGCGCCAAGUGCCCACCCGCAACGUGGUGGGCUACGACUUGGAUCUGGACCGCUGGGAGGACAUCGGCUGCGCGCUGCCCUGGGCCUGGAGCGGCCUUCAGUGCGCAGUGCUGCAGCUGCCCGAGGGUAGGGAUGAGGAGAGGGCGGAAGAACCCGAAGGGGUACCAGAUCUAGUGAUGGACUUAAUGCGUUAGUCCAGUCGCCUCCCAGCGACAGAGGAGUAAGUUGCACUGGGCCCGGGUUAUAGAGCAACAGAUGGGCUUUUCUUAGGAAUGGGACUCUGGGAACAGAGUGGUUUCUGCAGGUUAAAGAGGCAAACAAGGUCGUGGCCAAAGAGGAACACUGGCCCUUAAGCUGAGAAUGGAAGGCAGGAGAGGGGAAAUAGGGUACGUGAAUCAGCUUCAGUGAAAGACUCAUGCUGGGCUAAAGAUGGACUUUCCAAAAUAAAUAUGACCCUAUUUUCCCUCUUAUAGUUAAAGUGUUUACCAAGGUGCUAUACAGUGAUUACUUUUGUGCCAAAAAAUACCAUAAGAAGUUAUAUACAAAAACCAGAAGAUUGUUGGCCAUAAAGGCUGUAAUGUAUUAUCUGAAUAAAUGGUGAAGGGAAAGUGCCUUGGUUAAACAGCAGGAAAUCGCAGUUAAGGAGAACUAAGAUCCAGAGCCGUGGUUAUAGUUCUGCUUUGAUGGUUUGAUAUAAAUACGGAACUGAGAAGAAAAAUUC